CCUUUAGGUUCUCUUGUGAUAAACUACCAGUGAACUCUUGCCUUUCACCACUCAGAGAAGGAGGUGGUCCUUAGGUAGUUCAUUUCCAAGCAUAAUACAUAUCUCCUGUCUGUUUCCCUCAUUUGUCUCCUCUCCUUUUUGCUGCUUUUGCGGUGAGCUAUGCACAGCCCUUAAGCUUCCCACCUACAUAGAAAGAGCAAUGUGUUCUCCCUUGUAAGAUUUCUGACUGUGGAAGGAGAUUUCAGGGUCCAGGAGCAGCUUAGAAGGAAGAAAAAUGUCCUUCUUCUUUUUAAAAAGUGAGUGCUUUCUGCGAGAGUCUGACUCUCGCUCCUGAAGGCAGGAGUCAGAAGGCUGGGGAAGUAGUGCAUUAUGGAUGGGAAGGCUGAGGGGUGUGUUUGUUGCAACUUUCAAGCAGCAAGAAGGAAAAGAAGCAGAUGUGGGGAGGAGACAAAGGGUGUACAUCAACCCUGGGGACCAACUACCUAUAAACCAUCCCUUUCACUGAGUGGUGAAAUAAAGUGGAUAGAAUUUACUGAUAGCGCAUCAGUUAAUGUGGUAUCAUAGCACUAUAAUAUACACACUCAUGUAAAAGUCAACCUCAUAUAUAAGCCAGGGGCAAGUUUGGAGACCUAAAUUAUAGAUUUUGGUAUGAACCAAGGAUGCUGAGAAACGAACUGACCCCCUCUACUCUCAUUACCUUGGAUGAGGAACACAAAAGAGCCAUACCUGUCCACAUAGGCAUUAAAACUAAUUUAAAAAUCAAUUAAAACCACUGGAAGCUCAGCCAAGAAGUUAGCCUUUCUUCCCUUGGGGGGGGGGGGGGAUUCAAAGAUGACAUGUUGCUUUUGUCCCAUAUUCACCAACGAAAUUUCUUAGGGUGUUCAGCGACACAACAGGCGCUCUGCUGACAAUCUAAAAUUGUAGGCAAGUUCAUGUAGGAGGAGGGUUUUUCCCCCCAGGUAUUUACUCUCAGGUUUGCGAAGAAGGACAACCAUGCUAGACAAGCUGGAAGUGUGCCUCCUUGUCUUUGAACCCACUCUCCUCUGUGUCCCCUUAGCUAACACUAAUCCUGAGGUACCUGUGAAGUUUAUUUUGGGUUGCCCUGGUUGGGGCUUGCAGUAGAGAUAUUGGAAGGGGACAUGAGUUUCAACCAAAUGUCUGGUUUGAGAGUAAAGGGCACACCCCUCUGGUUUGCUGGUAAAACUGAAUUACUAUGGUGCAAAACAAUGCAUACCUAAAUAGUGUUUCACUAACAUUAAAUGUUUGGAAAGCUCUGCCCUAGAGGGAAAUAUUAGAAAGAAUGGACUGAAAUUCCACAAAAGCCGAUUUCAACUAAAAAAUUUUAGUUGCAGAGCUGUUAAACUGCAAAUGUGGUGAUGGCAUCUCCUUAACUGGGAAUAGGUUGCAGCAUCUAUAGGACAGUUGAUCUCAAGGUCAGGGGUUCAAAUCAGCAUGAAAUUCCCUGUUGUAUAGCUGAAGGAACUCUUCACUCCUGUUAGGAAGCUAAAUACUUUAUUGCAGUGAAGUGGUCUCAGAAACAAAAACAACACAGAGACACAAAGCUGUUCAUUCCAACCAGAAGGCUUUUCUUUCUAAAGUUACAACAAUAGUACAAAUACUAACACAGUAUGUCCAAACCCUCUCUCUCCUAUCUUCACCCACCAACCUCAAACUCUCAUCAAAUCAACACAGGGCUACUACAAACUUAUAGACAACCUAUAGUUUAUGACAUUUUACACUAAAAAUUUCCUGGUGAUUAAUGGCUUUUUAACAUACUUUUUAUUCAAUGUUAUGGCCUUUCACUUUUUAUUGCUUCUCCCUUCCAACCAUUUCAGCAUUCCACUUAAGAUGUACAUUGUAAUUUAAGCUCUGUUUUCACUGCUUUCAUUUGCUUUUGCAUGCUAUGAUUUAUGCAGGAAGAAACAUCACCAUGUUAUUUCCUGAGUGUAAGAGUGAUUAGAGCAAGGAAUCUCAGAAAAGGAGAUAUCUUGACCCCUACAGAUGCGUAUCUGAUGUUGUGGAUGCCAACAGCUUCUUCUGCUCAGUUCCGAACAAAGACUGUUCAAAAUUGCAAGGACCCAGUCUGGAAUGAAACCUUUCAUUUCAUGGUCCAAAGCAGAGCAAAGAAUGUGCUGGAGUUGGGUGUCUAUGAUGAAGAUGUCUGCUUUGAUGACCAUCUCUUCACUGUGUGCUUUGAUAUAGCUGGGCUUCAAUUAAAUGAAAAAGUUCUUAUGUGCUUUAUCUCUAAUCUAAAGAAACAUGAGCAGCUGGAAAUCGAGUUUGAGCUGAGCAAUAGGUUAAGUUUUCUGGAAACAAUAAUUACAAAUGGAGUUCUUUUGUCUCGCCAACUCUGCCAAUUGGAAUGUGAGGUGGAGAGAAAAAAGAAGCAGAAGUCAGAAGAAACACUAACUCUUAUGGUGAAAGGAUCCCAUGAAGAAAAUCAAGAAUUUAAUGUUUCCUCUAGCUUCUGCCUGAGGCCCAGACACCAAUCCUCAUUCCACUAUAUCAAGUAUAAACAUCAAAUCUUGGAAGUUAAACUACUGAAGAAGGAUCUAGAAUAUGCCUUUGGUCCGUGUUCUUAUAACACAGAAGAAAACAUUCUAAAAGUGGAAAUCAAUUCAAUUCCUACAAGCAAGAAAAUAGUACUAGCAGAGAGUAAAAAUUAUGUUCUACAUGUGAAGGCAGAAGACUGUCAACUUGGCCUCGAUGUACGUUUGGGUUAUGAUCUGUGCCCUCAAGAGCAAAGCUUCUUGUGUAAAAGGAAGAGAAUUGUUGCUGGUGCUUUGAAAAAAGUUCUUAAACUAGAAAAGGACUUGCAAGAUCAUGAGGUUCCAGUUGUGGCAAUCAUGACAACAGGUGGCAGCACACGAUCACUGACAGCUUUGUAUGGAAGCCUACGAGGACUUCAGAAAUUAAAUCUCUUAGACUGUGCAACUUACAUGACUGGUUUGUCAGGAACAACGUGGACUAUGGGCAAUUUGUACAAAGAUGCCUAUUGGUCAAAAAAGGAUCUGUCUGAACAAAUAAAUGAGGCUAAAAGACAUGUGACUAAAAGCAAAAGGGAUAACUUUUCCAUAGAGCGUCUGAAAUAUUACAACAGGCAGCUGCAUCAAAGGAAAGAAGAGGGACAAAGGACAUCUUGUAUAGAUCUUUGGGGGCUGGUGAUUGAAUAUUUGUUGAACGAUGGGAAAGAUAACCAUAAACUCUCAGAUGAACAACAUGCUGUGAAUGAAGGUCAAAAUCCUUUACCAAUCUACACUGCGAUCAAUGUGAAAGAGAAGUACAGCACUAUGGAUUUCAAAGAAUGGAUGGAAUUCACACCCUAUGAGGUGGGGAUCCUAAAAUAUGGAGCUUAUGUGAAGGCUGAAGAUUUUGGAAGCGAGUUCUUUAUGGGACGUUUAAUAAAGAGACUACCAGAGACUCGGCUCUGUUAUAUGCAAGGCAUGUGGAGUAGUAUAUUUUCUGUAAAUCUACUAUACUUCUGGAGUCUAGUUCACAGUUCAGAGGAGUUUUGGCACAAGUGGACACAUGACCAAAUAACUGAUAUUGAUGAAGAGCCGCAACUACCUUCCAGACUGCAUGAGCAAAAGACACAACUGUGUACACCUGCGGGACCCUUUUCCUGUGCUUUUAGAGAUGUGCUUACUAAUCGCCUCUCCAUUGCCCAGUACCAUAAUUUUCUGAAGGGUCUUCAAUUGGAUAAUAGCUACUUGCAGAAUGACAACUUCUGCAGAUGGAAAGGAACUGUACUAGACACUCGUUCACCCAAUCAACUGACUCAAACAGAUAAAUACUUGUCUCUAGAAGAUACAGGUUUCUUCAUCAAUACUAGCUCUGCACCUCUGAUGAGAAAAGAGAGAAAGGUGGAUGUAAUUCUCCAUUUAAAUUACAGUGCAGGAUCACAAUCAUUGCCUUUGAAGCAAUCAUGCAAAUACUAUGCAGAACAAGGAAUCCCAUUCCCCAAAACUGUGCUGAAUGAUGAUGACAAACAUCUGAAAGAGUGCUAUUUAUUUGAAGAGGAAGACAGUCUGGAUGCACCUAUAUUGCUAUUUUUUCCACAAGUGAAUGAUACUUUUCGCUAUUAUAUAGCACCUGGUGUGAAGCGCUCCGAGUCAGAAAUGAAAUAUGGCGAUAUUGAUGUUUCCAGCAAAUAUGGCCCCUAUUCUACAUAUUCAAUGACUUAUAGUAAAGAAGAGUAUGAUCAGCUGGUAGACCUGAGUGAAUACAAUAUUUUGAAUAAUCAAUAUCUGAUUCGACAGGCCUUGCAAAGAGCAGUAGAACGGAAAAAAUUACUUAAGAAAUAAUUACCUUACUCAGUGCCUUUGUUUAUAGAAUGACAUGCUGAAAUGUGGACUCUUGCUCUCCAUGUGUUCAUAAAUUUAACUGAACUCUCCUUUGAAUCCAUUGAUUGAUGUUGCCAAAUGGAAAAAGCAGACUAUGAUAUUUGGAAGCAACAUUCAGUGAUUAUUCAUGAACUCUUGCAGCAAAGCCCUGUAAAUGUUUAUCGGGAAUUUGUUUCACUGUGUUCAGUCAGGUCAACGUUUAGGAAACUUGUAAUAGAACUGGAUUCUUACUCUCAUAUAUGUAAUUUUAGCAAAUGAGGAUCAAAUGAUCAACAUUUAAAAGCAAAGCAUCAGACAUAUACAAUGACAUAAAUCCAAUUGUUGUUGAUAAUCACCUGCACAGAUAGAUACAAUAUAAACUUUUUGCAAUUUAGGAUUAACAACCACAAAUCUU